UGUGUGCCAGCCUGUUGGUGUCGCCCUUGGAAAUCGGGUCAAUGUUCAGGUCCAUUAAAAACAAAAACAUUCUGCUUACGCCAAAGUUGAGCGCAGACGAGCAGCGUCAUGGAUCAGUGUGUUAAUGUGGAGCGGGAGCUGGAGAAAGUGCUGCAGAAAUUCUCGAGCUACGGGCAGCACUGCGAUAGGACACUGGAAGAGCUGAUCGAGUACACCAGUGGCCUGAAACACGAGAUAAUACAGACUGGCGAUCAUGAAUUGGAGUUAUCAGGGACCCUGUCCCUGGUCCUGUCCCAGUGCUGUAAAAGGAUAAAAGACACUGUUCAAAAGUUGGCCUCAGACCACAAGGACAUUCACAGUAGUGUUUCCCGAGUAGGAAAGGCUAUUGAUAAGAAUCUGGACUCGGAUAUCAGCAGCGUGGGCAUCGAGGGCUGCUGGCAGUCGGAGAGCCAGAGGAUCCUCAGCGAGGUCCUGGUGGAGCACUUCUUCAGGCAAGGCAUGCUGGAUGUGGCCGAGGAGCUGUGUCAGGAAGCUGGACUUUGCAUUGACCCAAGUCAAAAGGAACCUUUUGUAGAAUUAAACAGAAUCCUAGAAGCACUUAAACUCAGAGAUUUAAGACCUGCAUUAGAGUGGGCGGUGGAUAACAGGGAAAUGCUCAUGGCACAGAACAGCUCGUUAGAAUUCAAACUGCACAGAUUGUACUUCAUCAGCCUUUUAAUGGGGGGCACAGUCAAUCAGAAGGAGGCUCUGCAGUAUGCAAAAAACUUCCAGCCCUUCGCUGUCAACCAUCAGAAAGACAUCCAGGUGUUGAUGGGCAGUUUAGUGUAUUUGCGGCAGGGGAUAGAGAACUCUCCUUACGUUCACUUGCUGGACUCCAAUCAGUGGGCUGAUAUCUGUGACAUUUUCACCAGAGACGCCUGCUCGCUGCUCGGCCUCUCAGUGGAUUCCCCUCUCAGUGUCAGUUUUUCAGCAGGUUGUGUGGCUCUGCCAGCUCUCAUUAACAUCAAAGCUGUCAUAGAACAGAGGCAGUGCACAGGAGUGUGGAACCAGAAGGAUGAGUUGCCUAUUGAAGUUGACCUGGGUAAAAAAUGCUGGUAUCACUCGGUCUUUGCCUGCCCUAUUCUUCGACAGCAGACAACAGAUAGUAAUCCCCCUAUGAAGCUGGUGUGUGGCCACAUCAUUUCCAGAGAUGCUUUAAAUAAAAUGAUCAAUGGAAGCAAGUUGAAAUGCCCUUACUGCCCCAUGGAACAAGUGCCAGGAGACGCAAAGCAAAUCUACUUCUGAAAUGUGGUCUCAAUCAAUGCCUACCUGAGGAAUCAAUGCCUACCUUUUGCUCUCUCGGCCAUUAACUUGAGUGAGACAAAUAGCACUGCUAUGGAGAGGCUGAAGGCAUGUGCAGAAAUAAAUGUAGCUGUCUGGGAAGGGUGCCAAUACCGUAUAUAGAAACACUGACACAGUGCAAAAGCUAGAAAGAAACUUAGAGACAAUAUAGGGCUUUUUCUUGGUCUCAAGUAACCUGAUAAACCUAAUACACCAGCACUCACUAUUGACAGCAGUUAUUUCUAUGUUAAAUCUUUUUUAAGUAACAUAGCCAACCAACUUUUUUAUCAUCAUAUUGAUAAGUUUGUAUGUCAUCUUUUGAGGAUGUUGGUGUGGAACUUUUUGUUUUUGAUUUUUUCUUUUAUCCAAAAUGUAUAUAAUAUCUAGAAGAUAACGGAGGUGUACGCAGCUGCUGCUGCCAAAGUUUGCAUUACUGUUUUCUAGUGAUGGCGAGCUGUGAAAUACUUCUUUAAAACCUGUACAGAACCAAGUGAAUAAUGGAGCCCCCUGGGCUUUAGAUAUUUAAACGUAUUGCUAAUUUAUAUGAUUGUAUGCAGUUUAUAAUAUUGGAGAAGAGUGGCACGUAAUGUUUCUUUGCUUUGAUAAUUGUUUUUUUUUCUGUAAUGCCAUCUCUAUUAAAGCUCUAAUUUUGAAAAAUG